CGGGGCUGAAGCCCCUGCGAGGUUCCGUGCCCCUGGUCCAGCCGCUUGUUUGGCUGCUGCCGUCACCUCAUGGCGACUCGGGUUGAGGAGGCAACGCGGGGAAGAGGCGGCGGUACUGAGGAGGCUACUGAGGGCGAGCAGGGUGGACGGCGACGCAGUCCCAGGCAGAAGUUUGAAAUUGGGACAAUGGAAGAAGCUGGAAUUUGUGGGUUAGGAGUGAAAGCAGAUGUGUUGUGUAACUCUCAAGCAAAUGAUAUUCUUCAACAUCAAGACCCCAGUUGUGGUGGCACAACUAAGAAGCAUUCACUGGAAGGGGAUGAAAGCAGUGACUUUAUAACAAAGAACAGGAAUUUGGUGAGUUCAGCAUUCUGUGCACAGGAAUCAAGAGAAGAAAUUCCUGGACAAGAAGCUCGAUCAGGUCCUCCUGAUGGCCAGCAGGAUUCAGAGUGCAGCAGGAACAAAGAGAAGACCUUAGGAAAAGAAGUUUUAUUGCUGAUGCAAGCACUAAACACCCUUUCGACUCCAGAGGAAAAGCUGGCAGCUCUCUGUAAGAAAUAUGCUGAUCUUUUGGAGGAGAGCAGGAAUGUUCAGAAACAAAUGAAGAUUCUGCAGAAGAAGCAAGCCCAGAUCGUGAAAGAGAAAGUUCACCUGCAGAGUGAACACAGCAAGGCCAUCUUGGCAAGAAGCAAACUGGAAUCUCUUUGCAGGGAACUUCAACGCCACAAUAAGACCUUAAAGGAGGAAAAUAUGCAGCAGGCACGAGAGGAAGAAGAACGACGUAAAGAAGCAACAGCACAUUUCCAGGUUACUCUAAAUGAAAUCCAAGCACAGUUGGAACAACAUGACAUACAUAAUGCCAAACUCCGACAGGAGAACAUUGAACUAGGAGAAAAGCUGAAGAAGCUCAUUGAGCAGUAUGCACUGAGGGAAGAGCACAUUGAUAAAGUAUUCAAACACAAGGAAUUGCAACAACAGCUUGUGGAUGCCAAACUUCAGCAAACGACACAGCUGAUAAAAGAAGCUGAUGAAAAACAUCAGAGAGAGAGAGAGUUUUUACUAAAAGAAGCAACAGAAUCCAGACACAAAUAUGAACAAAUGAAACAGCAAGAAGUACAACUAAAACAGCAGCUUUCUCUUUAUAUGGAUAAGUUUGAAGAAUUCCAGACUACUAUGGCAAAAAGCAAUGAACUUUUUACAACCUUCAGGCAGGAAAUGGAAAAGAUGACAAAGAAAAUUAAAAAACUGGAGAAGGAAACAAUAAUAUGGCGCACCAAAUGGGAAAACAAUAAUAAAGCACUUCUGCAGAUGGCUGAGGAGAAAACUGUCCGUGAUAAAGAGUACAAGGCCUUUCAAAUAAAACUGGAACGGUUAGAGAAGCUGUGCAGGGCUCUGCAGACAGAGAGAAAUGAGCUCAACGAGAAGGUGGAAGUCCUGAAAGAACAAGUCUCUAUCAAAGCAGCAGAUGGGGACUUGGUGUCACCUGCGAUGCAACCCUGUGCUGCCCGGGAUUCGUUCAAGGAGAUGAACACUUCAAGAAGAGCCCUGGGAAUGCACUUGGAUGCUAGGGCCAAGGCCAAGUCAGUGAGUGAGAGAAGAAGUGCUGCACAAAAGCCCUCAUCUUCAGGUUCUGCGCAAGGCAUUGAGUCAGUUGACUAGGGUGAAAUGUGAUCACUGUAUUGAGAGAUAUAUUUUGUGUAUAACUUCCUCUGUUAGUAGUAACUAUUGGUUUUGUGGUGAAAAUUUUCUUACUUUUUCUACCAUAUCUGUAUUUUCUUAGAACUACUGGACUUAUGUGGUACAGGAGGCUGCUUAGCAGUUUGAAAUAGUUUUAAUCUAUAAAUUUCCUUCAACUAUGUUGCA